UCUCAUCCCCGUUAGUCCCUGGCGACCUCUCGAAAAUUAUCACCAAGCACUCAGCAGUGUAAAGUCUGUCAACGCCAACGAACACCCAAACAACCUCACCCAUCAUUGUUGGCGGAAGCGCUGCCUGGUCGUUUCGACUUAAACCCGGUCGCCCCCUGCGCCGCCCACGUUCCGCGUGCCUGCGUCUCAAGACACUCGUUCCUCCCGCGCAAUUAUCAAGUUCCGAGACCAGCAAUUGAUACGACUUCCGACGGUGCUGCUCUAAUAUGCCCUUCGCCAGAGGCCCAAACAUGUGGUAGAGAAGAAUGUCGCUCUCCGAGAUUCGCAAUGUUGUACUCCUCUUUAGCAACCCAGUAUGGGCCGGUGCCAGCACGGUCCCCACGACCAUCAUCCGCAACAUCACCGCCCUAUCGAGCCAGGUAGCAUACGAGCAGCGCAUCAGCGACAACAUCACGACCUUGACGACGACCAACGCGGACACACUCGAUGGGCUGAUACAAGGCCUCCUCUAUGUUCCCGACAUUUCAGGCAACGCCGCCUGCGACAAACUUCAAUAUGAUUUCAUCCCCCCCAACGUCACCAGACGAAAUGACCUCCCACCGACAAACUACAAACUCAUCGCGCUUGCGCCAUGGUUCAACAUGGACUGUACGCACGCCUACCUGUCAGCUGCGCGGCUUGACCAGGUUCGCGGCUUUAUCUUCUACAAAUCAAAUAACUCGACCAACAAACCGCAAGAUGUUGACUCACCAGUAUGGAGUCUCGACGACAACGGCCAAUGGAAGACGCUAAAUCAGUUCCCGGUAUUUGCUGUUCCUGGCCUCAAAGGCCAGGAAAUGAUGAAGCAGCUGAGCUUGUACUCGGGAAAUGUCAGCGAGAUUCCGCACGGCGAAGAAAUAACCGAACUAUAUGGACCGAAUCCCCAAGAUUACGUGCGGGUUUGGACCGAGCUGGAGAUGAAAAACCCCUCCAAUAUGCUUGCACUUUGGACCUUUUUCCUUAUAGCCAUUGGAUCGCUCCUGGUCAUCAUCGCGGCCGUAUCAUUGACGAUGCACCUGAUUCAACGGCGGAGGCGAAAAUCACUCAGGGUCCGGGUCGAGACGGGCGAGGUCGACUUGGAGGCCAGUGGAAUCAAGCGCCUCACGGUACCGGCACAUUACGUCGAGGAAUCCUUUCCACUAUACACAUACAACGCCGAGCCGGAUAUAAUGAGUAGCAGCGGCCCACCCACGCCCAGCUCAGUGGGCGUGCCAGCCUCUAGCCGUUCCGUGCGGUCCUCGCGGUCGCGCAACAGCCGACGGCGAGCAGGGGACGCACACAGCAUCGUCUCGGACAUCAGACCGCCAGGCAGCAUUCGAAGCAAGCGGUCCAGCUUGGCUGGCUCUGUCGACACGACUGCGACCAACUUCCAACCCAAGUGCCACAUUUGUCUUCUCAAUUACACCCAUCUAAGCACCGUGAUCCGGGAGUUGCCGUGUGGGCACAUCUUUCACCCCCAGUGUAUAGAUGAAUACCUCACCCAGAACAGCUCGUUGUGUCCGCAGUGCAAACACUGUAUGCUUCCCAGGGGCUACAGCCCCAAGAUCACCAAUGGCAUGGUGCGCCGCGAACGCGCACUUCGAAAGCUGCGCGGGCGAGUCGAUCUUGAAGAACCGAUGGUCGACACAGGCGAGACGAAGAUUCGGAGCUGGGCCAAGAAGCUAUUUGGUAGGUCGAAUAAGUCGAACCAGAUCCCGAUGACGCCGGUCAAACGCGAAGACACGCCCUUGGAAGCCAAUGCCGUGCCCAGCUCUGCUGCACCUGGCGGUGGCGGUUCUGCUAUCACUCUACCUGUGGAGGCCGCGACCAUCCCUGAAGAAUCUGCAGGCGGUGGCGCAGAUGAUGGCCACCCCAUGCAGCCGGCCCCGGCUGCCCGUUCAUCGAGACCACGCAGGAAGAAGCCUCGAAGACUGAGCACGCUUCCGACGCAACCAGAGGAUGCCGAGAUGGGACCCGUGGGCAAUGGGCGCAACAGUCCGUCCUCAUUCGCACGAGAGCGAAUGCGUGCCAUUGCCGCCAAGAACGCGCCAUUUGAUGACCCGGACGCACAGCGUCCAAAAUGGCUACGCGCACUGGGUCAUAUCUUCCCGGCGUUAUCAUAGCGAUGGCUGCAUUCAUUGUUUGUGUCUUCAUAGCGGGCUAGGGUUCUUUGUUUGACCAUCGACGGCAGGUGGGGAAGGGACAGCAUGGCAUGGGAAUGGCGUUAUGGUGUGGAUGGCUUAUAGUACAGGCCCGAGUAGUGAGGUCCGGUCACGAUACCCAUGGCAGGCUGGCGUUUGCAGUGAUGGGGAGGUUCUGACGAGUCCCAUCUAUCUAUACUAUAUAUAUAUUGCAUAAAGACGAGAUGCUUCUUUUCUUCGAGGCCCCCUU